UCAAUUAAACACAGAGCUUAUUAUUUGAAUAAAUAAUGAAGGAAUUGUGCUUGUCCUUCAACCAUUUUAAGUGGGUAUAUAUUUUUUGGCAUUGGGGUUUCAUUCUCGUUGACGACUGAUGUUUCAGAUCUCUGGUUUCGAGUGACACUGAGUCUAUCAGGCAUUCUGGUGCGCGUUUUAGUGUGCAGGUCACGGCGCAUUGUUUCAGCAGAUACAAUUUUUCUACCGCAGAAUCGUUACCCUCUGAAUGACCCCAUCGCGUGCUCGCCUCCAGUCUGAUGGUUUAAGAAGUCCCGACUCUAACCAGAGGGUGGCGCACGGCUACCAUAUACAAGCAAGUGAUUUAACUGCUAGUUCGCUGAAACUGUUGUUGCGCGCUCCCGUGUCCCAACAAUUCCACCCUGAUUUCCUGCUUACGCUUAGUUUACCGCUGGAGGUCACAGAAUAGGAUUUACGACUGGUCAACAAAAACACGUGAUUCUAAGCCGUAGCCCAUAUUUGGGAGCCUACGUAAGGGUGCAUUAAGUCUGUGUCUCACUCAUUUCCAUAAUUCAUCAUAAAUUGUGCAAGGGUGCAAUAGAAGCUCAAAACCACCAAGAGACACAAAUCAAACUCACACGGCAUCAUUGUUCUCUCCAUAAAGGUAGUUGUAGUAAGUAAAAGUAAUUAUAAGGUAAUUGUCAACCAAUGAGCUCUUAUUUCGUGAACUCAUUUUGCGGUCGCUAUCCAAAUGGCGUGGACUAUCCCUUACAUAACUAUGGAGAUCACAACUCUAGUGGCCAAUGCAGAGAUUCUACGGGCAUGCAUUCGGGCAGGUAUGCUUGUGGCUACAAUGGAAUGGAUCUCAGCACCGGGCACUCCACCCCCGGACACUUUCUUUCAUCUGGUGAGCGAACUCAAAGCUACAAAGACAGUCCAACUGCGACGCCUGUCCGGUACAAUCAGCCCGUUACCGCUAGCAGCGCUGAACCUUCCUCUGAUCAUCUCCCCUGCUCAUCCUUAGCCAACUCUCCUGUCAGUGAGCAGCCACACCGCGCCCUAAAAAACUCACUACCAAGCACCGCUGGCUCUGCGUCCAAAAGCGUUGGAUCGGUUCUCAGUCGGGAGGACGUUUCGAAAGAGUCCAGCUCUAUGGAGAAAGAAAAACCACCGGGUAGUGGACAGAUAGCUUCACAGAAUGUGUCCGAGGCACCGCAGAUUUAUCCAUGGAUGCGAAAACUUCAUAUAAGUCAUGAUAAUUUGGCCGGACCGGAGGGGAAAAGGCCCAGGACAGCCUACACACGCUACCAGACACUUGAGCUCGAGAAGGAGUUCCACUUCAACCGAUACCUGACACGUCGCCGAAGAAUUGAGAUUGCACACACUCUUUGUCUCUCAGAAAGACAAAUCAAAAUAUGGUUUCAAAACCGCAGAAUGAAGUGGAAAAAGGACAACAAACUGAAGAGUAUGAAUAUGGCAGCUGCAGGAAGCGGAUACCGGCCUUAAAAUGUAUAUAGUGCAUAUUUACAUCUAUAAAAUGUGUUAGUGUUUGAAUAUAUGCGUGAUGUGUGUGCGUGCGCGCGUUUCCUUAUUCUAAGUGUGUGUUUCACAAGGGAAUGAAUUUUACAAAAGAACUUUCCACUUGUUAUGUGAAAGUAAACGCCCUGUGUAGCGGCCUUGGAUAAAAAAGUAAAUUUCCCUUCUGUGUUUUCAUGUAAUGUGAAUAGAUAUUUGCAUUAUCUUAGUAAAAGGAAUGUGUAAAUAAAUAUAUCAGCUUUGAAUAAAAUUACUUUAGGUAGGCUAUCUAAAGUACACUGGAUAAGCAAAUCAGUAAAAUGUUAGAUUCUUACCAAAUUAAGUUUAAAAACGUUUUUGUCGUCUGUUUGUCUUGAAGUUUGUACAUAUUGAUGUGCUUUAUAGGCUAUUUAUUUAAAAUCGAUAUCAAAUAUCGAUAGUAUGUUAUGUCAAACUGAAGUAGAACUGUUUUGUUCGUGUUGUUCUGUCAACGUUAAGAAUUGAUAAAACGUUCUGCUCAGACAGUUUCGCACAUUUUUCAAUUUGAAUGUUUGUGUGUUUUGCGUUUUCAAAUGUUUGCAGUGGUGUCACUCGAUUUAUUUAUUUAAUUUACCUUCUUGUGAAAAUUUAAUAACAAAGAAGUCCAGAAACAGUAUUGCCAACAAUAAAUGCUAUGUUAAAAACAAUAAAGUUUACCUGCAAUAUUAAAUCUUUUUGUAAGAUUUGUUCCAUUCCAAGGUGUUUUGUGCAAGGGAAAGUCGUUUAUAUGAAAAUGUACCACACAACAGUUUAAAAAUUAUUAGCGUGAGGUUGAGCAUUGGUCAUGUAAAACUGGAAUUAAAUAAAUAUUCCACAAUUCUAGGUGCUUUAGAGCAAUUCGAUUAUUUUUUCAAAAGUUUAAGUUGUUCAAUACUGUUGAAUCAACAGGUAUGUGACGCACUAAUCUCUACUUCCCUCAAAAAGGGCACUUAGGUCCCCUUGCCAACUUGUCAAUAAGAGUGUGCGUCCACGCCCAGUGUCCCGCACUCUUCUCAUUAAUUCAUUUUCCUUCCUUGGAAAUCAGGGUUUUGAGCGGAAAUUUUACUAGACCCUUUACUAUUCUGGAUCCGUGACAUUGUCUGGUAAGAUAAAUAAUGAGGUUUUGGUCCACGAAUUAGAUCGUAAAAUUCACUCGGACUGAGACUGCAGAUAGGCUCACUGGCCAUAAAACAGUCACGUGGUGGCAAUUAAAGUCAGUUUUAUGGUUUUGGGGAGUCGACACUAUAUCGCAUAUAAAGUUAAAUCGCACUGACGUGGAGCUUCGUUUUCUUUCU